AUGGAACGUGGAACCGAGGAUUUAAACUCAGUGGGCUCCGAUUCUCGGCCUCCGAUCGAUUCGUUUCUAUACCUAGGUAAUGUUAGCGUGGGAAGGAAUAAAAGGGAGAGGCAAAUUGGGGGAUUAAUCAUCACCCCUCCGGCGCCCCGGGCUACCCCCACUGAACAUUCAAAGAAAAAACCCACUUGUGGCUCCAACUUCUCUGUCCUUCUGUCCGGCUUCUAUCCAACUUACAACACCUCCAAAAUCGCGAUUCACACGAAUCGAAACAUAGUCACCUCGUAG